AAUACUGUCCUUAAAACAAGCAAUAGUGGUGUAAUAUGAAUAUUUGAUGGACAGUAUUUUUGGUCCAAAUACAUUUAAUCAAAUGUUUAGAUCAGUGUCUCCGAGUUUGAAGAACCGUCUUCCCUCUGAAAUUGGUCCUGCCUUUCAAUCCAGUUGAACUCUUGUCACUUGCGGAAUAGUAAUCGCCUUCCUUCGCCUGCCUCACACCAGUUAGACAGUCUGUACCUCCGAGGCUUCCGUCCGGUUGCGUUGUCAACGGGACCAAAACACAACUCGAACAAUAUGUUUCUCACAGCAGUAGGAUCAGCUGGGUUGUGCUGGGACUUGCACGGGUCUUAAAGAGCCGAAACAGAAAUCUUCCGAUUCAACCAACCAUGAUCAAAAAUAGGAAAAAAGAACAUAAGCAGCUGUUAUAAUCCGCAUACGGUUACGAAUUUAGUAAGUAGUUUGACAGCGCAUUAACUGACCUACAAAGUGCUUUGCCGGGAGCUGUUGUAAAUAUGAGAUUGCACUUCAUGAGCAGAACAGUGAGUUAGUCUGCAUCACUGACUAUGCAUGAUGAGUACUUUUAAAUGCAAAAUGGCUUGAGUUUAGAAUUUUAAUGGUGGAAGAAACUGGCAUAUCCGAGGCUUGUAUGUUUUUUGGGGGGAAUACGUUGUAAUGCACAAAUGUUCGCACUGUACAAGUAGUUGAGUUUAGACAACAAAAAGGAAGACAGUCUGUAAAUGGUGGCCGUAUGCAUUUGAAAAUUUCAAAAGUAGAUCGCUCUUUUGGGUCGACAUUGUAGUUCAAUCCAAAACACUUGGAACAGACCGUUGCUCCAGUAGAUCCGUCACAUAAUCAUCACUGUUCACCUCAAGAAUGAGCGAUCAUUAUGUUAAAGUCAGAGUGCAGCUGGAGCAGAUGAGAGUGGCCGGCUUGGAGACCGAGCCAGAGGCAGCUUCUUUGCUGGCAUCUUCGCCGGGAUCUGUCGAUUUAGUUAGCGGUGGGAGGAGGGAUGCCGCUAGGAGCGCCGUUAGGACUAGAGCCAGGAGUAAAAGCAGGGGCAAACGGUCUGAACUCGAUAGGAAUACCGCAGGUGCCGACAAUAAAGAGGACACCCCGGAGCCGGAGUAUCCGCCGGGGCCAAUGGACGGCACUGCGGGCCAGCUGCAGCACUCCCGCAGCCCCAAAGACGCGGUGUUGCAGAUUAAAGGCACCGGCAAGAUCCCGCAAGGGAAAGCCGAAGCGAACGGCAAAACGGAGAAAGAGGGCAAAACCCAGCAAGGGAAAGACGAUGGCAACAAACUCCCCAAAAAGAGGAAGAUGGUCACCGUGGAUACCUCUAAAGCGAAGACCUCUCUUGAAGCGCUAAAAGUCAGCAUCAAGCAGCUCAAGUGGAAAGAGUUUCCCCUGGGUCGUCGUGUGGCCUGCGAUAUAUAUUGGCAUGGGGUAUCCUUUCAUGACAAUGAAAACGUCUUCUCAGGCCUGGUCAACAAAUUCCCAGGUAUGAUAGAGAUGCUCCGCAAGAUAAACCUGAGCCGAGCAGUGCGUACGAUGCAGGAGCUGUUUCCCGAGGAGUACAACUUCUACCCUCGCUCGUGGAUCUUGCCAGAAGAGUUUCAGCUUUUUGCAGCUCAGGUCCGCAUUGCUAAAGACAAGGACCCUUCCUGGAAACCGACCUUCAUUGUGAAACCUGACGGCGGAUCCCAGGGUGAUGGCAUCUACCUCAUUCGUGAUCCCGGUGAUGUCCGCGUCAUGGGCAACGCCCAGAGCAAGCACGCUGUGGUCCAGGAAUACAUCCAGAAGCCACUGCUCGUCGACAAACUCAAAUUUGACAUCAGAUUGUAUGUCCUGGUAAGGUCUCUGGACCCAUUGGAGAUUUACAUCGCCAAAGAGGGGCUAUCCAGGUUUUGCACAGAGCCUUACCAGGAGCCCAACCAAAAAAACCUGGACCAUGUCUUCAUGCACUUGACAAAUUAUUCCUUAAAUGUCCACAGCGGGAACUUUGUUCAUUCAGACAACACCAACACAGGAAGCAAGAGAACAUUCUCCAGCAUUCUGUACCGCCUAGCCUCCAAAGGUGUGGACAUCAAGAAAGUAUGGUCAGACAUUAUCUCCUUGGUCAUUAAGACUGUAAUUGCACUGGUGCCUGAGCUUAAGGUCUAUUAUCAGGCUGAUAUUCCUGCCGGGAAGCCAGGACCAACAUGCUUUCAGAUUUUAGGGUUUGACAUUCUGCUCAUGAAAAACCUGAAGCCCAUUUUACUGGAGGUUAAUGCUAAUCCUAGUAUGAGAAUCGAACACGAACAAGAGGUGUCCCCGGGUGUGUUUGAGUAUGUUCCCAGCCCAGUGGAUGAAGAAGUGAAAGUUGGGGUCAUCCGGGACACAUUGCGCUUGGUGGACCCAGGACAGAGGAAGCUCACCAAUCACCAAUCACACACGCCAGGCAAUGGGUCAGAGCUGCAGGAAGAUAUAUUGGAUACGGUUUCCCCAGACAAAGCUGAACAGGACAGCGGAGUAAAAGUGGAGAAUAAUCUUCCCUCCCUCUGCCUGAAACAAGUCUUCCCCAAAUACACCAAGCAGUUUAACUACCUGCGCACCGUUGAGCGCAUCGCCACGCUGUUCAUGAGGUUCCUGGGAGUGAAGGGGACAAUGAGGCUUGGCCCUACUGGAUUUCGAACAUUUAUCAGAAACUGUAAGCUUAGCAACAGCAACUUCUCCAUGGCAUCGGUGGAUAUUCUCUACAUUGAUAUUACUAGAAGAUGGAAUGGCAUGGGAUCAGAUCAGAAAGAAUCAGGGAUGGGCCUUCAGGCCUUUGUGGAAGCCUUCUUCUACUUGGCGCAGAGGAGAUUCAAGUCGCCACCCCUCCACGAGCAGGUGGCGGCUCUGCUCGACCUGUGCGACUGCCACCUGGAAAGCCUGGAUGAGAAACGGUCGCUGUGCGGUCGAGGAGCAGCGGAGCGGAGGACAGCGUUGCCUUCCUGUCUGCCCGAAGGAGUUCAUUCCGCGCCGUCUGCCCCAGCGCCUCAUCACUUCAACUGCCCAACUGCAGCCAGUAAAUCUGCGGAUUAUAGGCUUCAUCAACCCUUGCGACCCACUCUGAAAGGAAACUGUAUAGAGAACUAAAUAUCACCAGCAGGGGCUGGUCUAGGUCUGGGGCUCAAUGGCAGCAGCAAAGGCAGAGCUUCUUUCGUUCAAGCUGCUGUUUAUGCUUCUGGCGAGGUUUCCUCAAACAAUUUCAUCCAAAAAAGGUUCGGCCACAGUCGACAGACAGAAUCUGUACCUAGUCACUGAACUGGUCAUUUCAUGGUGUUCCUGUCUGUCUCGAUUGCUUUCUCUGGUGAGGUCCCUGAACACUUUCCUGAGAAAAAGAUGAGCUGCGCUAUAUUUACUGUCUCCCCCAUGCCAAGCAUGUGGAUAUGCAAUACAUUUAGGUCUUAUUCAAUCCAGAUUUGUAUCUCGGAAAAUGCAGCAGUAGCCUCCGAAAGCCAAUGAUAAGAGGCAAAGAUGCCUUUUUUUUAAAGAUUGUGCUGUAACUCAUGUUAUAGAUUAAAUUAUUGAUUUUACAUUUGCAGAUUUUUAUCUUCCCGGUAAAAUUGCACAGACUUUCUUCAGGGAAAACUUUUUUUUUUUCUAAAACACCGCACCGCAAUCUGGUCAAUUGUCCACAAGAUUGCUGGAUAUAUAAAAAGAUAAAAAUAGCACCAGGGGUGCUUUCAGAUUGUACAUGAAUGUUAUUUUGCACAGUGGGUUCAAACCAGUCACUUUAGAUAUAGUAUUAAAAUGAAGAUUAUCAGCUAGUGUUGCUUGAAAUAUAACCUGAAUGGAGCUGUGUCUCUGCUGUAAAACAAAAUCUUCUCAAGCCUUUUUAAUUCAUUUCUGGAUGCUUUGGAGAAGUGGACAUUCACCAUAGAACUAACUACCUGUAUGUUCGCCAAAUGUUUUAGAACAAGACUCACAAUAAUUGCAAGGUGAAUUAUGACUGAUGAACACAACAUAAUAUGUGUAAUAUCUGAAGUUCUUUUGUUCCAGUGGUGUCACUUUUAUUUAUUUUAAACUCGACAGAAUUGUUUUUGAAAGUGAUCAUUUAUGUUUUAGCCGUCCGUAAAGCUGAGAAGCUGUAGGUUAGCAGUUCAAGGAUAAUGAUUGAAGAGCACUUUUGAAAUCUUCCCACCUUCCACUCUACCUGAUCCUAAUAACAGCACAUUUAGAAUGUUUUGAUCUCUUGUUAUUUGCUAUCACUUCCAUAGACCAAUGUAUGAUGCUAGGUCUUUAUGAACUUGUAAUUCUGAUAAUGUUACAGGUAUGGAAAACAAAAUCUCUGCUUUACACUUUUAAAGACAAUGCAAUGAUUUGUCACUCUGCUCCAAUUACAGAUAAGGAUUAAGGGGCAGUUAAAGAAAAAAAAACAUCAAAACAGUUCAUGAAUAAUAAACAUUGUCUUGCAUAUUGAUGUCUUA